AUGACAGGACAGGACCGAGCCACCGCCAGCCGUCACCAUGUUUAACGUUAACUAGUCCUUUAACUAGCACUUAGUUAGUGAAUAGCGAACUAUGCAAAACAAGCUGAUAAUAUAAAACCAGUUUGGUGAAGGUGGGUCAAUAUAGAUGUACUUUUGGGUUGUGUCGUUACAAGCUCCUGAGGCUAAGUUUAGCAACUUAGCUGGCUAAUGUUAAAUCUGACAAGUUAACCGAGCUAGCUCUUUGAUGUCUAUGAGCUGCCAGCUGUAGACUGACAUUAGAUGAUAUUUAGCAAGUUAACAGUAGGUGAAAAGCUUAAUUUACAUCGAGAAACAUAAUGGCGUCGAUGAAGUUUGAUAGGACAACAUAUGCUGGGGUGCAGUUUUGACUUUGGGCUGUCAACAAGCUCGCUGACGUUAGCUAGUCUGGCUAACCAGCUAGCUGUGUAGUAGCUACCAUGGCCAGGAUAGAAAACGGCCGUCAGUCGGUGGACACUAGGAGUAUCCGGACCAUCAGCAGCAGCCACAUUGACGAUGAAAGCUCCUUUGGAUCCGACUCGGAGAUCAACGGCUUCACCAGCGACAGACAAACUGACAAAUAUGGAUUUAUUGGCGGGGCACAGAUGUACACGGAGGCAUCAGCUCAGGAUGUGCCUCCAGAAGUGCUCCGGCAAAGAGAGGUGAAGUGGCUGGACAUGCUCAGCCACUGGGACAAGUGGAUGAUCAAGAGAUUCAAUAAGGUGAGGCUGCGGUGCCAGAAAGGAAUCCCUCCCGCGCUCCGAGGCCGCGCGUGGCUCUAUCUGUCAGGAGGGAAAGUGAAGAGAGAGCAGAACCAUGGAAAGUUUCAGGAGUUGGAUAGCCAACCAGGAGACCCCAAAUGGAUUGAUGUCAUUGAGAAAGACCUUCAUAGACAGUUUCCAUUCCAUGAAAUGUUUGUGGCACGGGGAGGACACGGGCAGCAGGACCUGUUCCGUGUUCUCAAGGCCUACACUCUGUACAGACCAGAGGAGGGAUACUGCCAAGCUCAGGCCCCCAUUGCUGCUGUACUGCUCAUGCAUAUGCCUGCUGAGGAUGCCUUCUGGGGGCUGGUCCAAAUUUGUGAGAAGUACCUUCCUGGCUACUACAGUCCUGGCCUGGAAGCUAUACAGUUAGAUGGUGAGAUCCUGUUCGCACUGUUGCGACGUGUCUCGCCGCUAGCCUUCCGCCAUCUGGAGAAACACAAGAUCGACCCCAUCCUCUACAUGACCGAAUGGUUUAUGUGCGCCUUCUCCAGAACGCUGCCCUGGGCCUCUGUGCUGCGAGUCUGGGACAUGUUCCUCUGUGAUGGAGUCAAGAUCAUCUUCCGUGUGGGUUUGGUGCUGCUGAAGUGCAUGCUGGGGAGCCGUGAGAAGCUGAAGGCCUGCCAGGGCCAAUAUGAAACCAUGGAGCUUCUCAGAGCCAUAGAGCCCCGAUACAUGCAGGAGGGCUUCCUUGUCCGAGAGAUUCUGGAGAUUCCAGUAACAGCGCGAGACGUGGAGAGAGAGCACCACUCCCAGCUGAAGCGCUGGAAGAAGAACCGCGGUGAGCUCAAUUUCAAAUCGCCUCCCAGGAUGCACGGCGCCCGGCUCAUCAUGUUGGCGGAGCCGCCCAGGCGCCAGGACCUGCAACAGAACCCCACCAUCGUAAUCGAGGUGCCCCAGCCGGCCGCACAGCUGAACAAGGGCAAGGAGGAGAAGAAAAGCAAGAAGAAGAAGAGCAUGAAGAAAAGCCAGCUCACUGAGGAGAUCCCUAACCCUUACCCUCUCCUCAAUGACUGUCCUCCACCUCCACCUUCCGACCCACCGGCCCCUCCUCCGGUCCGUAGUGAGACACCAGAGACCGCGCCAGAGACCGCGCCAGAGACUGCGCCACAGACCGCGCCAGAGACCGCGCCAGAGACUGAACCGCACUCACCUCACCAGCAGCAAGCACCUCCCACAGCCCCUUCCCCCACCAAAGAGUCGCCCCUUCAGCGAUCCACACAAAGCCUUAGCAGCACAGAACAGGAUACAUACCUGUAACUCCACCGUAGUUAGUGUGUGCGUGUGUGGACGCGUGUGUAUGUGUGUGUGUGUAUGUGUGUGCAUGCGUGUAUGUUUGUGUGUGCGUGUGUGUGGAAGAAGCACCAGCACCCUUCAGCCAACAACCAGCCAAUAAAGUGUUGGACUGUUUUGUAUUCACUUAUUCAUCUUAGACACCAUUUUGCCUACAAUAUUAUUGAUAUACACUAAGGCAUCAUUGCUCAGUGUAAAACUAGUUUGAUGCUUGCGCCAAUUUUUUGUCCACGUGAUGCUGAUAUUAGCUCCUCGUGAUGCUUGACGCUUUUAUUCUAACCAUAAGUCUUAGUAUUCUGUUUGCAAGGGAGACAUGUUACGGAGAAUUGGGAGAACAGCGAGGUGCCACAGCUUAUGCAGUUUUUCUAUACAUUUCCACUCAGAUUCAACACUAUUGAGUUCAGUUGUAAUAUUUUGCAGCGGUGAUUGUAGUCCUUUGUUGUUGUUGUAUUUCUAAUUCAAAUGCUUUUGUAGUUCUCUGAUGUCAUUAGGGGCUUUGCCCACUAGAGGGCGGCCUCGCAGAGGUGCCAGCUGUAUUUCCUGUUACAUUCCCUGUUUGUAAAACUGAGCACAGCAGGGUUGGGAUUCCUUUAAGGACUCAGUUUGGGAGGUAUUAUUAUGAGAUUGCGCUUACAUUUUUUUCCUUGAGCAUUUCAUGUUUGACAUUCUUACAUUUGAAUUGAAAAUUGGUGAAAUUGAGCAACAACCACAUUGUGAUCGUGCAAAAAGAAUUAUUUAUUUCAAGUAUAAACAUGAAAUGUGUAGUUUGUGCGUGCCUCGCUUGUGCACCACUUUUUUUCAAAGUGAGCUGUGUUUUAACUUCAAUACUCACUGUGCCAGGCACUUCCAGCCACUUUGGAGCAGCAGUAAUUCACGUUAGUUAGUUUGGCAACAGAGAGGAGAACAGCAGACAUUCCUCACUGUAUGACACAUUCCUGCCUUCUUAAAAGCUAAUCAGUCUCGAAGCUGUCUUUUGCCAAAUGCAAAUCUGUAUAAUAUAUGUAUUUGUGCAUGUGUUUCCUGUGACAACUUGGACAGCGAGUGCUUGCAAAUCACCUAAUGGUGCUGACCUUCCAACAAGAUCGGACAGUGUGUUCUCUGUCUGUUUUUUUUUUUUAAUGUAUACUUUGCUAGAAUUUCCAAAGCAGAUCAUGACUGUUGUUUGACCUACAACCGCUACCUGUGACCAGGAUUAUUCUGUUACUACAGUCGAGAGGGAUCACAUGAUUGCAACUUCUUUUUGGGAUAUUUCUGUUGAGAACUUGGCUCUUUUUUUUGGGAAAUACGGAGACAUGCCAGGGAUGUGAGGCUGUUUUCAAAAAAUGUAAGACAAUCUUUUUCUUUUGGCAGUUCAAGUGUGUUUACUAUCUUUUAUCACAAUGAUAAAGGGAGUUUUGACACGCAUAAGCACUUGUGUAAAAUGUGUUUAUGUAUGCAAUUAAUCUAAAAAAAAAAAAGCCUCUGCUGCAUGUUUAGGUCACUUAUAAAAACCAAUGGGGGUUAAAGAAUAACACACUUUCAAGCCAUCACUUGCCUGUAUGUCAUAGUUUUUUAGUUGCUUCUAUUAAACACCUCACAUUUGGCUGAUGUUAUAUUUUAAUUUAAUGCUCAUUGUGUAGAUAAGACAUGUAAAAUAACAAUUUGUUUUGUAAUGAAAUCUAUUUUUCAAUGUAUAAUGCUAUAUUUUAUUGAGCAGUUACAGAAACUGCAGAGGAGACAUUGGAAUCAUUUGCAAACCUUGCAGUAUAUUUUAGAGCUACAUUUGUAACACUAGAAAAAAACUAGUUUGUUCAUGGGGAAUUUGGGGAAAACCUUUGCCAGUGAAAAUGUUUAUUCUUCCUCUGGAGACAGAGUGGUAUUAUUAUUAUACCAUUCACAGUACAGUAUCACAGCAUCAUGAAAUAAAAUGUUACAAAUAAAAAUUUGUCUAA